UAAUUGCCCACCUCCACUCGCAGUUGCCAGGAUCUCUCUGCUGUGUCGGUACCUUUGCCUCUCACUAUGGCCCCUAAGAAAAAGGAAGAGCCCAAGCCUGCUGCACCCCCCAAACCCCCAGAGCCUGAGCGCCCCAAGACUCCAGAGUUUGACCCAGCUACAAUAACGCUGGAAUUCACUCCGGAUCAAAUUGAGGACUUCAAAGAUGCUUUCCAGCUUUUUGACCGAACCCCAACCAGCGAGAUGAAAAUCACCUACGCCCAAUGUGGUGACUUAAUCAGGGCUUUGGGCCAGAAUCCUACCAAUUCAGAGAUCAUGUAUGUUCUUGGAAAACCUAAAGCUGAAGACAUGCAGACCAAGAUGCUUGACUUUGACCAGUUCCUACCCAUCCACCAACACAUCUGCAAGCCCAAGGAGCGUGGCACAUAUGAAGACUUCGUAGAGGGUUUGAGGGUGUUCGACAAAGAGGGAAAUGGCACUGUCAUGGGUGCUGAGCUCAGACACGUUCUGGCAACUCUGGGUGAGAAGAUGAAAGAAGAAGAGGUGGAGGUUCUGAUGGAAAAUCAAGAGGAUGCAAAUGGGUGCAUAAAUUAUGAAGCAUUUGUAAAGUACCUUAUGGCAUCCUAAAACAGAGAGAUGCUCAUUUCACUCUCAUCAUGAUGCUGGUGCUAGAUCAAAGGACAUGUUGAAAUCAAUGAGUCGGUAAUGAGUUUGGAUCUCCCUCGAAAACGUUAAUUCUUGAUCGGAGAAGAUCUUUAUAUUCAUGUGAAUCCCAUCUUGUAUAUUUUUCAUUUUCAUGUCUCAUGGAAAGAUAUAACUCAUGAACAUUUCACCUUGUUUUUCUAAGGCUCCAGUGCUGAUGCUGUGCACCCCUGUUAAUUUUAUAGAUUACGGUAAAUAAAUGCAUUUAUUUUGAUGGUG